AAGGUAUAGUUCUUCCACCAGCAAUAUAGAGCCAGCAAUAAGUGUGGACCUCUAAACACCCCACUGUCUUCAACCCCCUUCCUCUGCAGUUGUUGGGAACAUGUCGGAGCUGGAAAAAACUUUCCGCAGAUUUGCCGUGUACGGGGAAACGAACAGUAGCGGCAAUGAAAUAACGGGCAAGAACUUCUCCAAGAUGUUGAAGGAGUGUGGUGUGAUGGACGGGAAGCUUGUUACCAGCACUGACGUGGACAUUGUCUUCAACAAAGUCAAGACCAAAGGGGCCCGCAACAUGAACUACAUUGAGUUCCAGCAAGCCAUUAAGGAGCUGAGUGGAAAGCGCUUCCAGGGAAAGUCCCCAGAAGAGGCUUUAUUGGCCGCAUACUAUCUGAUGGAGGGCAAAGAACCAGGCAGCACGGGAACAAAAUCGACCGCGGCUAGUGUUGUGGAGAGGCUGACAGACACCAGCAAAUACACAGGCUCCCACAAGGAACGGUUCGAUGAAACUGGCAAGGGCAAAGGGCUGGCUGGACGUACGGACCCGGUUGAAAGCCCCACCGGCUAUGUCGCUAACUACAAGGGGGCUGGAACCUACGACAAGUACCACUAGAUGUGGGGCACAGCCUUCUGAAAACCCUGCCUGUUCCCACUGCCUUGGAAGGGGAGGGCAAUAAACAUCUGCUCUGAUA